AUGCUUAACCUCUCCCUAUACUAUACGCAUAUUCAUAUCGCAGAGGCUGUGGUUGGUGUUCCAGAUUUAACAAGCGGGACUAGGCAGGAAGUAGAACCGAUAAGGACUCUAGACUGUUCGUACUUGUUUUAUGCGUCAUUGAUCCGGUCGAUUAAUCACUGUUCUCUAAUUGGCGUAAUGUGUGAUACAUCCAUUGAAUGUUAUACAGGAUUAUAUAAAUAUCUUAAUGAUUCAACUCAAUUAAAUAGUACAAUACGUGAAGAAUUAUUACGUAUUUAUUGGGAAGAAUUAAAUGAAUUAAAAAUACAAUCAGAAAUACCAAUUCAAUUAUUAAUUAUUAUUAUUAUUAUCUUUUUAAUUAUGAUAUUAUUUGGUAUAUUUGGUAGUAGUUUAGUUAUAUUUAUUAUAUUAAAUAAUCGUUCAAUGCGUACACGUGGUAAUUUAUUUAUAUUAAAUUUAGCUAUAUCUGAUUUAACAUUAUGUUUAAUAACACAACCAUUUAAUUUAUUACGUUUAUUAACUAAUAAUUAUAAUUGGAUAUUAGGACAAUUUAUGUGUAAAUUUUCUGCUAUGUUUCAAGGGACUAAUAUAUUUGUAUCAACAUUUAGUAUAACAGCUAUUGCAAUUGAUAGAUUUCAACCGCAAAAUCGUGUUUUAGAUUUAAUUAACAUAUUGCAAAUAAGAAGAAUCUUUAUUUUGACCCAUGAACUAUUAUUAUGCGAUGUAUCAUUCUUGAGUUAUACCCUGUCUAUCAAUUAUUAUCCUACACACUCACAACCACAUUUGGCUAAAUCAAGUACAAAUGUUUUUCCUAUUUUAUUGGUACGAUGUGCUUUGUCUGGUUGGUAUAUAAAUCCACCACGUUUGGCUACAAAUGCACAAAUGUCAUUUUCUAUGUUGUGGUGCGAUAUUUUCUGUUUGGUUUGUAUAUAA